AUCUAUUGGCUGAAGAGGUAGGGGAGGCGUGACUACGGCGGCGCGUGGGUUCGCUUGCUUGUGUGACACAAUUAUAACAACUUUAAGCUGGUGGCUGUGGGGAAUUUUAUGGUCAAAUAAUACUCUUUUCAAACUGCAAGAAUUGAACUUCAUGCAUUACAUUUGAUUAGUUGCAUAAACGGUGCCUAAAAAUGUGACGCGAAUACUUUUUGGAGGGGUACUUGUUUUCCUGAAAGGAUUUACCAUUUUGAAUUGCGUUUUGAUCGUGGAGAAAAGUUUAUUCUAUCUUAAUACAUUUUUAGUUUUCCUUCUUUGAUUUGGUGGAGUAUUUCGUUCGCCCUCUCGUCGCGAUUCCAUGCAAUCGUGCGGAGUCUCGCUCGCUGUUGCUGCCUGCGCUGCUGCUCGGAGUCUCGGCUCGGCUUCUGGUGGUGAUGAGGAAAAGAAAAUGGCGGCGGGAAAAGCCAGUGAAACCGAGGAGGACUUUCCGACGCUGACAGCCCAAGAGAGGGACAGCUUGGUCGGAAUUGACAGCUCACUGUUUGGAUUUCAGAGGCUUCAUGAAGAUGGCGCCAGAACGAAGGCCUUACUGUUGAAGGCCGUUCGUUCCUAUGAUUCUCUCAUCUUGAAGGCUGAAGGGAAAGUGGAGCCAGAGUUAUUCUGCCAGCUAGGCCACUUCAACCUCCUCCUGGAGGAGUACGCUAAAGCAUUAUCAGCAUACCAGAGGUACUACAGCUUACAGUCCGACUACUGGAAGAAUGCUGCCUUCCUAUAUGGCCUGGGCAUGGUCUACUUCCAUUACAACGCCUUUCAGUGGGCAAUUAAAGCUUUCCAGGAGGUGCUCUACAUCGACCCCAGUUUCUCACGAGCCAAGGAGAUCCACCUGCGACUCGGCCUCAUGUUUAAGGUCAACACCGACUACGAGUCAAGCCUAAAGCAUUUCCAGCUGGCUUUGAUUGACUCCAACCCCUGCACUUUGUCCAAAGCGGAAAUUCAGUUCCACAUCGCCCAUUUGUAUGAGAUUCAGAAGAGAUACCGGGCUGCCAAGGAGGCGUACGAGAGCCUUCUGCAGACGGAGAAUCUUCCAGCACAGGUGAAGGCCACUACCCUGCAGCAGCUAGGCUGGAUGCACCACACGGUGGAGCAGCUAGGAGACCGAGCCAACAAGGACAGCUAUGCCAUCCAGUGUCUGCAGAAAUCACUGGAGGCAGACCCCAACUCGGGACAGUCCUGGUACUUCCUGGGCAGGUGCUACUCCAGUAUUGGCAAGGUCCAGGAUGCGUUCGUCUCCUACAGGCAGUCCAUAGACAAAUCAGAAGCCAGUGCAGACACUUGGUGUUCAAUAGGUGUUCUGUACCAGCAACAGAACCAGCCCAUGGAUGCUCUGCAGGCGUACAUCUGUGCUGUGCAGCUGGACCACGGCCACGCGGCCGCCUGGAUGGACCUGGGCACGCUCUACGAGUCCUGCAGCCAGCCGCAUGACGCCAUCAAGUGCUACAUCAACGCCAUGCGCAGCAAGGCCUGCUCCAACGCCACCGCGCUCACACAACGCAUCAAAUGCCUGCAGGCUCAGUUGAGUAACCCCCAGGUCACUAGUCUACAGAGUAAAAGUAAAAUGCUUCCUCUUAUUGAUGAGGCCUGGAGUCUACCAAUCCCAGCAGAGCUAACCUCCAGGCAGGGUGGCCUGAACACUGCACCGCAGGCGUGUAAGCCCCAGCACAGCUCGGAGGGAGGGGGAUCGAGCCAGGCUCUGCCCCCACACGUGGGCCCUAUGGGCCAGGGGGAGGACCAGUCCAGCCCUGCCAAGAGGAGGAGGGCCUCCAGCCCAGCCAAGAGCCAGCCAGAUUCCUGGGCUAGUAACUCGGCACAGCAGGCAGUCCCCAACUGGUACCUGUCACCACAGAAACUGCAGCUCCUGGACCAGUUGAGGAGUAACCGGGCCAGUCUGAAGCCCCUGCAGCUGCAGAUGCUGGAGCAGCUGGAGGCACAACUCAACCUAAUGCAGCAGCACCAGCAGCAGAUGAGACAGAAUGCAUCUGGGCAGCUGCGUCCCUCCCUCUCCAACGGCCCCUCAGCUACCAACUCUCUUCCCCCUCCUCACUCUAGCCUGCCCCCCUCCCGGCCCCACCUGGCCCCUCAGGGCUCGUUGCGGCCCCCCUGCUCCCCUCGACCAUUGGCCAACGGGCCUCUGGCAGGCGGGACACCACACGGACACUCUGACACUCUUUCUGUGGGCAAUAAUAAUAAUGAUGAUGACCCGGUGGCGGCCACAGGACCCAACGGAGACGUGCCUUACCUGCAGCCCGGCGCACUACUACCUCACACCUGCACAAGCACCCAAUCACAGGACACAGCGCGCCGGGCCCUGCACCUAAACUCCACUCAGGGGCUUCAGAAGGGUUCCGCUCCACAUUGGGCGGGUCCUAAUGGGGAUGGGUCUCUCUCCUCCUCUGGGGGGUCAACCCACCCCCUCUCGCACCCACAGACGCCCCACAAUCAGGUUGGACAUUCCGCCGCCCCGUCGCCGCGGCAACAGGCUCUCAACCACCUCCCGUCCCCCCCUUCUCCCCCUCACUCUGCUACCUCAGGUGGAGCAUCUGGCACCCCUGCUACCAAAGAGAGCACGCCCCUCGGCAACGGCCCCGCAGCCACGGCAACAAAGGGGCCUGGGGAGACGACGACGGCCAAUAGCACUGCCGCGGCGGAAAGCUUAUCCAAUCACGUACAGUCGGCGGCGGGAGACGGCGGGACGAGCAACCGGUCCCCUCACCACAGCUCAGACAAUCCUAAGGGGGGCGACCCCACCACCUCCGCCCCCCACAAGAAGAUCAACAACAUCCACCCGGCCGUCUCCUCGGCCGCUUCCUCCCCCAUCUCUGCAAUGUCCACCGCAACUCCCUCGCCCAAAUCCACCGAGCCCGGCCAGUCGACGGGCCCGCACGGCCUCAACAGCCCCUCCACCACCGCAGCAGCAUUAUCAUCAGCCGGCCCCGCCACCGUCGUCAAUGGCAACGGCAAGGGGGGCAUCUCCGAGGACUCCCAGAGCCCGUUGAAGGCGGACCCCCCUGCCACGUGUCGCAGACCCACGCCACCCCAUGCCCGCACACCCCCAUCAUCCUCUUCCUCUGUGUCCAUCUACCCCUCCUCCACUGACGUGCUCAAGGCCUGCAGAAACCUGGGGAAGAACGGUUUGUCUAGCAGCAGUAUACUGCUGGAUAAGUGUCCCCCUCCUCGCCUGCCCCCUCCUCCCUCCCCAGUCCUGCCCAAGGACAAACUCAACCCCCCCACACCAAGCAUCUAUCUGGAGAAUAAGAGGGAUGCCUUCUUCCCUCCGCUGCACCAGUUCUGCACAAACCCCUCCAACCCUGUCACCGUCAUCAGAGGGCUGGCCGGGGCGCUCAAACUGGACCUGGGUCUGUUCUCUACUAAGACCCUAGUGGAGGCUAACCCAGACCAUCUGGUUGAGUGUCGUACCCAGCUGUCUCAGCCCGCUGACGAGAACUGGGACCUGAGUGGCACCAAGAAGAUGUGGCGCUGCGAGAGCGGCCGAGCUCACACCACCAUCGCCAAAUACGCCCAGUACCAGGCUGCCUCCUUCCAGGAGUCACUACGGGAGGAGAAUGAGAAGAAGGCGUUGAAGGAGCCCUCAGACACUGAGCCAGCAUCAGCAGAGAGUGCGGCACGCAAAAGGAGGGGUCCCCUAAAGCACAUCAAAUUUGGGACCAACAUCGACGUGUCGGACGAAAGAAAGUGGAAGCUACAGCUGCAGGAGCUGAGUAAGCUGCCUGCGUUCGCCAGGGUGGUGUCUGCUGGCAAUCUGCUCAGCCAUGUAGGACACACCAUCCUGGGCAUGAACACUGUCCAGCUCUACAUGAAGGUCCCCGGCAGCAGGAUACCAGGUCAUCAGGAACACAAUAACUUCUGCUCUGUCAACAUCAACAUCGGCCCUGGGGACUGUGAGUGGUUUGCUGUGCCAGAACCCUACUGGGGAGUGAUGAGCAACUUCUGUGAAAAAAACAACAUCAACUUCCUGAUGGGUUCGUGGUGGCCUAACCUGGAGGACCUGUAUGAGGCAGAUGUGCCUGUCUACCGGUUCAUCCAGCGGCCGGGGGACCUGGUGUGGCUCAACACGGGCACCGUCCACUGGGUCCAGGCCAUCGGCUGGUGCAACAACAUCGCCUGGAACGUAGGACCCCUCAGUGCCCACCAGUACAAGCUGGCCGUGGAGCGUUACGAGUGGAACAAGCUCCAGAGCGUCAAGUCCCAUGUACCCAUGGUGCACCUCUCCUGGAACAUGGCCCGCAACAUCAAGGUGUCCGACCACAAGCUCUUCCAGAUGAUCAAGUACUGCCUGCUGAGGACGCUGAAGCAGUGUCAGUCGGUGAAGGAGGCUCUGGCCGCGGCAGGGAAGGAGACGGUACUGCAGGGCAGGAACAGAGAUGAGCCUGCGCACUACUGCACCAUCUGUGAGGUGGAGGUGUUUAACCUGCUGUUUGUGCGGAGCGAGCUCCUCUCCAGGAAGCAGAAGCAGUAUGUGGUUCACUGCCAGGACUGUGCCCGGAAAGGCAGCGCCGAGCUGGACAACUUUGUGGUUGUAGAAAAACACCGGAUGGAUGAUCUCAUGCAGGUCUACGACCAGUUCACACUAGCCCCUCUGCAUUCAUCUUCAUCUUGACAUUAGACAUCCCUUCGGCUUCUGUGGGGCGACCAAGCAUUACAGGAACUUUCAUUUCAAAGGAAAAAUGGACCAUUUCUGAUAUUCAGGAAAGUCGAGACAGUCUCCCCGUAUGGCUGUUCUCCACAGCGACGGCUGGAGGCAGCAGCGGCUGCGUGUGUCUAUGCAACCUGUCAAGUGCGCCGUGUCAACCCCCCUCUUCCCCCUGGGGGGCGCCAGAGAGCGCACUUCCCAACACAGGACUCCCCUCCUUGUAACAAUGGUUCAGCUCUUUUUAAUGGAGGACUUAAUCCAAAAACAUUUGGGAAAGGGGUGGGAAUUAUUAUUGAGUGAAGAUGUUUUGUAGAUAUUGUAUCUGU